AUGGCCCUUGCUAAUCAAGCAUGUGCAUAUCUACCGUUCGUACAAAUCCCUCCACCAGCGCCCCGAGCCCCAUAUGAUCCACCAGCACCACCAUCUGACGAUGAGGACACACCCGAGCCUGAACACAUGGAUUUGCAUGCUCACAGGCACGUACAUAAUGAGGACCAUGACAAUGACACUGACGCUGACAAUGACAAUGGUAAUGAUCAAGACCAUGACCAUGACCAUGAUCGUGAUCAUGGCCACAAGCGUGGUCAUGGGCGUAAACAACAACGACAACAUCCACAUCAUCAUCGUCAUCAUCAUAGGCAUAGAGCCACACCCGUGGAAGAACAAUGUUGUAAAUGGUUGUCUCAAGUUGAUGAUCAAUGUGUUUGUGAGCUCCUUCUUCAUAUGCCCCCUUUUCUUGCUAGACCUGUUCAUAGAUAUUCUGUAAUAGUUGGUAAAGCUUGCAACAUAACUUAUUCAUGCGGAAGUCGAAUAAGGAACUAA